AGUCAGGCACCAUUGCUCGACCAGCGCCACAAGAAGCAACAUGUCAGCUAAUGUCUUCGUAGCGGCAGCCAUAGUGGCUGUGGUGUGUGCUGAGCCCCCACCACCAUACGGGCUCCCUACACCACCACCCUAUGGGCCUCCUACACCACCACCCUACGGGCCUCCUACACCACCACAUUACAGGCCCCCUACUCCCCCACCAUACGGGCCCCCAGCUCCACCACGCUAUGGGCCAGCUCCACCACGCUAUGGGCCAACCCCAUCCUACAACGAGCCCGGCAUGCCUUUCGACUUCGCCUACGCCGUUAGGGAUGACUACUCCGGUAACGACUUCGCGCACGACGAGAAGAGCGACGGUAAACUCACAUCCGGCUCCUACAGGGUGCUUCUCCCCGACGGACGCACUCAGAUCGUCACCUUCCAUGCUGACGACAAUGGCUACGUUGCUGACGUCACCUACCAGGGAGAAGCCACCUAUCCAUCUCCAUCCUACGGACCUUCACCCCCAUCCUAUGGACCAUCACCCCCUUCCUACGGUCCCCCGCCUCCAACCUAUGGCCCAAAACCAACACCACACCCCUACGCCUAAGCCCCAGAUCUGAUAUAUAACAUGCAACAAUACCAUUUUUAUUCACAUAGGUUAUUCAUGCCAGUGGCACCUCUUGGGUGACUUAAUCUUCAUCAAUCAAUCACCUCUAGUCACACAUCUUCCUUCAACACUCCUCUGCUCACUGAUUACUACUUGUUUCCACUUUGCUUGGGAAUAUCCCAGCCUGCACUUGAAUUAUUCCAGCUUAUUCCAAGCUGCCUUAAGCCAGCUGGCAGCGUCCCAGGUGGCACCAACUGUCCCACCUGCAACUCUAUUGCUUUGUCAUUACAAAUGGAAAACAAACAGCUAUCAGAAGGCCUUCAAAUAUAGUAGUCAAUUAUUUAU